AUGAAGAGUUACUCUUGUUUUGCUUUGGUUUUGCUUCUUUUGAAUGUGGUUGUUUGUAAUGGAGGCAAGACAAGCACUUUCAUUAGAAAGACUGAGAGUAGUGAAGACAUGCCACUCGAUAGUGAUGUAUUUCAAGUCCCUCUUGGCUAUAAUGCUCCUCAGCAGGUUCACAUAACACAAGGUGAUCAUGUGGGAAAGGCUAUGAUCGUUUCAUGGGUCACUAUGGAUGAACCAGGAAAGAGUGUAGUGCGUUAUUGGAGUGAGAACUCCACCCACAAGGAGGCCAAGGGAAAUUAUGUUACCUAUAGAUACUUUAAUUACUCAUCUGGUUUUAUUCAUCACUGCACCCUUAGAGAUUUGGAGUUUAAUACAAAGUAUUAUUAUAUGAUUGGAAUUGGGCAUACUAUAAGGCAAUUUUGGUUCAUGACUCCUCCUGAUAUUCACCCUGAUGUGCCUUAUACAUUUGGUCUAAUGGGGGAUCUGGGUCAGACUUCAGAUUCAAACAGGACCCUUGCUCAUUACGAAUCAAAUCCUCAUAAAGGACAAGCUGUGUUGUAUGUUGGAGACCUCUCUUAUGCAGAUAAUCACCCAUAUCAUGAUAAUGUUAGGUGGGAUACAUGGGGAAGGAUGGUCGAAAGAAUUGCUGCUUAUCAACCUUGGAUAUGGACCACAGGGAACCAUGAACUUGACUUUGCCCCUGAAAUCGGCGAAUCAGAACCUUUCAAGCCUUUUAAACAUCGUUAUCAUGUCCCUUACAAAGCAUCAGGGAGUACUGCACCCUUUUGGUAUUCUAUCAAGAGAGCUUCGGCACACAUCAUAGUUUUGUCGUCAUAUUCAGCUUAUGGCAAAUAUACACCCCAAUAUCAAUGGCUUGAGGCAGAGCUACCAAAGGUUGAUAGAACUAAGACUCCUUGGUUGAUUGUUCUUCUACAUUCGCCAUGGUAUAAUAGCUACACUUAUCAUUACAUGGAAGGGGAAAGCAUGAGGGUUAUGUUUGAGGCUUGGUUUGUAAAGUACAAGGUUGAUGUUGUGUUUGCCGGUCACGUCCAUGCCUAUGAACGAUCUGAACGUAUCUCCAAUAUUGCAUACAACAUUGUGAAUGGUGAAUGCAUGCCAGUGAAGGAUGAGUCAGCUCCUGUAUACAUAAACAUUGGUGAUGGAGGGAACAUUGAAGGCUUAGCAAGAAACAUGACAGAGCCACAGCCUAAGUACUCUGCAUUCAGGGAAGCCAGUUUUGGACAUGCAAUGUUCGAAAUAAAGAACAGAACACAUGCUCACUAUACCUGGCACCGAAAUGAAGAUGACUAUGCCGUUGAAGCUGAUUGCAUGUGGUUUUUCAAUAGAUAUUGGCACCCCGUUGAUGAUUCCACAACCCAGUGA